AUGGUGCCAAUUCUGCUGCUGCUGCUCAGUCCUGCUUUGGCCUGGAUUCCAGUGGAGGACUGGGAGUCUGGCAAUGUGACUGCAUCAGUGGGUGAUGCAGGCCAGUGCCUUUGUCAUGUGUAUCUGCCUGAAACCAGCUUCCCUGCUGACCGUGUUCAGCACAUGCAGCAAGUCAGCAAGGAUCUGAUCCUGGAGGUGGAAAUUCAAAUGAAUAAGAUGACAAGUUAUGAGGGCAUGUUGGAGGUGUACCUGAAGGACCUGCUGGACCUGACUGUGAGAGUGGCCAUGCUGGAGAGCAGUCCUGACAACUACAUCAAACUGGACUUUGAGCUGCUCAGGAUCGAGCUCAGAGAGUUUGAGGCUCUGGUGUCUCAGCUCAAAGGCUCCCUCAACUCCUCAUCACCCCUGUUUGACAGUCUGUAUACUGAGAUACGCAACAUGACCCUCAUCGUGAACCAACUGGAGACUUAUGACAAGAGCAACCUGGAGGUGAUCCGCAUUGAGUUCGCUAAGCUGCAGAAGAAGCUGGAGGAGUGCCAGAAGGAGCAGGAGAUCAUCAAGCCAGAUAUUGGCAACUGCAAUCACACAGGAAUCCUGAGCAUCAGCAAGCCAACGGUGGUCCAACUGAAUGCUCACUUGGCGGCCAGUUAUCAGUAUGGGGGCUGGGGAAAGGACUCCAAACCUGUUAGAGGCUAUGAGUCCAUGUACUUCUAUGGUGCAUACAGCAGUGCAAAUGUGUAUGACUUCUAUUUGUACACCAACUAUGAAAAGCUGAUUCUGAGGUCCGCAUUCAAACAGCAUGACAUACCAAAUGGGUGGGUAGGCACCGGUAACAAUUACAUUGUUCACGGUAACACCAUAUAUUACCAGAAAAACUCCCCCUUCAGUAUGAGCAAACUGAAUCUGACCAGCUCAAGAUAUGACUACAGAGUGAUCCCGGCCGCCAGUGAAAAGUUUUCAUAUAGUUACUCAGCCAGUCAGAACAUGGACUUUUCAGCUGAUGAGAAUGGCUUGUGGGUAUUGUAUGCAUCAGAGGGGAACAAAGGUAAGAUUGUUGUCGCUAAAAUAGAUGAGAAAUCUUUUGGUGUCGAGGAGGAGUGGAACACUGGUGCGUUCAAGCAGCUGGCUGGCAACGCUUUCAUGGCCUGUGGAGUCAUGUACGCCACCAGGUCAGUGGAUCUGAACACGGAGGAGAUCUACUACGCCUUCGACACCAAGACCAACCAGGAGAAACACCUCAGCAUCAGCUUCCCCAAGUUCCAGGAGAAAUACACCAACCUGCACUACAAUCCAACUGAUCAGAAGCUCUACAUGUACAACAGCGGCUACUAUGUGUCCUACAGCGUGAGGUUUAACAAACAGUGA